UCCCCCGGAAGCCAAGGCUUGGCCAUUACCCCAGUGUCUGUCGGGGGCGGGGGGGGGGGGGUGUGUGUCUCCCUCCGACCCCUGCCCCUUCCUCCUCCCCUGGGCAGGCUGUGCAGUCGCCUCUGACCCAGGGAGUUGGGGGAGGUGUUAGUUUUCGGCCUGAGACCCCUAGGGUCUUGGGACCAUGGAGCGUGGGAGGCAGACACAGGGCAGGAGGACCUCCUGUGGGGGCAAAUAUUUAGCCUUGGAGAGCGGGGCGCAGCUCUCGCCUGGGCUCUGGCUGGCAGGGCGCUUUCCAAGAACCACCCGGAAUGCUCCCCCAGAGCCUCAGGGCUGUCGGCCAGCAACUUGGCACUGACCCCGCUGGCCCGCUGUGCUGCUGUCACUGGGCGCCAGGCCUGGAUGGAGAAUGGGGACAGCCAAGCCCCCCAGCUGGUCUGGCCCUCUGCCUCUCCCUCUGCUCCCUGUCCCUCUGGCCAGGCGUCCCCAAUCCCAGGUCCCCCAGCCCCGAGGGGCCCACACCAAUAACCCUUUGAGGCUGGAGGCUUCCGGCCUCAGGACGCUGUUUCCUCGCCUUCCCAUCCGGCUGUUCCAGACCUUGGCCCCAGCCAGGGGAACAGUUCUUGGCUCCCACAGCCGCCGCACUCCAUGAGCUUCCCCACUAGCUCCCAUGGGGUCUCUUCCCGCCAGCUCCCGCAUCUGGGUCCUCCCUGGCACCAUCCCCAUUCCGCCUGCCCCCUCCCCCGCGUCUCGCCCCGACCUCUUCCCUGCCCAGUGCCCAGUACUCCACUCUCCUCAUCCCCACCCCUCUCAGAGACCUGGUCAGGCAGCUCCAAGGACAGGGGACAGGUCCCAAGUUGGCUAGAAUGCAGGCUCCACUCCCAGGUCUCAUUCAGGAGUAGGGGGACUGGGGGACACCCCAUCCAGGAAAAGAGCUCUCUCAGGACCCCAACUGACUACCCUUCCCUGGGCCUGAGCCUCUGGCAUCUGUCCCUUUCCUUGCUGCUGGGCCCUCCUCGUCCCCCCCUCCCCAAGUGACCCCGCCCAGCAGGCCCUGCCCAGGCUGCUGCCACCGACCCACAGGCCCCGGGUCCGCACUCCAGGCAGGCGGCGGGGCUGUCCUGACGGCGGGGACGGCCAGCUGGUUCCCUUCAGGGGCGCGCCUCCCCCAGCACCCACCCCUGUAACCGGAGCCGACUGCAGCGCCUCCCCGCCCAGCCCCAGUGGGCUCUAGGCCCCGACAGCGAGUCCGCAGGCGCCAUGGGCCUCGGGGCCUGCGUGUCCUCAGCAGCGUCGGGGGCCCAAGCCCAGGCUCGCUGGCUGGGAGCUGUGCUGGGCGCCCUGUGCCUGUUGCCGGUGCUCCUGCUGCUGGCGCGGCCCGGGGCCCCUGCAGCCCGGCUGGGGGCCAGCGCAGCGCAGGGAGACCUCGCCGCACCCUACCCUGUGGGUGUCUUCGCCACCCCAGGACCCAGUCCCCUGCCCCUCCAGGCACCCCGCAGACGCCGCUACACGCUGACCCCAGCCAGGCUGCGCUGGGACCACUUCAACCUCACCUACAGGAUCCUCUCCUUCCCACGGAACCUGCUGAGCCCCAGUGAGACCCGGCGGGGCCUGGCCACUGCCUUUCGCAUGUGGAGUGACGUGUCCCCCUUCAGCUUCCGAGAGGUGGCCCCUGAGCAGCCCAGCGACCUGCGCAUAGGCUUCUACCCGGUCAACCAUACGGACUGCCUGGUCUCCGCGCUGCACCACUGCUUCGAUGGCCCAACAGGCGAGCUGGCUCACGCCUUCUUUCCCCCGCACGGCGGCAUCCACUUUGAUGACAGCGAAUACUGGGUCCUGGGUCCCACACGCUACAGCUGGAAGAAAGGCGUUUGGCUCACUGACCUGGUGCACGUGGCGGCCCAUGAGAUUGGCCAUGCGCUGGGCCUGAUGCACUCACAGCAUGGCCGGGCGCUCAUGCACCUUAAUGCCACUCUGCGUGGCUGGAAGACCCUGUCGCAGGAUGAACUGUGGGGGCUGCACCGACUCUAUGGCUGCCUAGACCGGCUGUUCGUGUGCACAUCCUGGGCUCGGAGGGGAUUUUGUGACACCCGCCGGAGGCUCAUGAAGAGGCUCUGCCCCAGCAGCUGUGACUUCUGCUAUGAGUUCCCCUUCCCCACGGUGGCCGCCACUGCACCACCACCCAGGACCAAGACCAGGCUGGUGCCUGAGGGUCGGAAUGUGACCUUCCGAUGUGGCCAGAAGAUCCUUCACAAGAAAGGCAAAGUGUACUGGUACAAGGACCAGGAACCCCUGGAGUUCUCCUACCCUGGCUACCUGGCGCUGGGCGAAGCACAUCUGAGCAUCAUUGCCAACGCCAUCAACGAGGGCACGUAUACGUGUGUGGUGCGCCGGCGGCAGCGUGUGCUCAGCACCUACUCCUGGCGAGUCCGAGUGCGGGGCUGAGUGUCCUGCCAGGCUGAGGCUGCUGAUAAAGCACUUAUUCUCUGAA